AUGGAUGAAGAGGAGAGACCGAGGAAACUUCCCAAGCUUGGUCAUGACGACGAAGCUACUCAAGACGAACUCGGCCCUGCGAUGACCGGUGCUGUGGCAGUCGACGAACCGACCCAAACUAGCGCACCUACGAACAAGAAUUCCCAGCCUGAGCCGUCAGACCUCUCCAAGGCCGAAAAUGCAAUUCCAGCAACAGGAUCUGGUCAUGCUGAGAGCACCGAAGACGCUCCAAAAAUGUCGAAGAACCAGCUCAAAAAGCUUCGCAGGAAAGAGAAAUGGGAUGCGGAACGCGAGCUGCGCAAGGAAAGGCGGAAGGAACAAAUGGCAAAUAAAAAAGAGCGACGACGCUUAAUGGUGGAGGAAGCAAGAGAAAAGGGCGGCGGGAAAGCUGUGCAGGCACUACGCAAGACAUGGGAAACCACUCGUUCCAGGGCCAAGCGGUCGACUCUGCUACCCAUAUCGAUCGUGAUCGACUGCGGUUACGACGAUUUGAUGAAUCCAAGCGAGCGUUCCUCUCUUGCGAGUCAGCUCACACGCUCAUACUCGGAAAAUGCCCGUGCUAUCUGGCGCUCGAACCUGAUAUUCAGCUCGUUCGAUAAACAACUCAAGGAGCGAUUUGAUACCGUACUCUCGCAGUAUCGCAAUUGGAAGGGCAUUCGUAUGAUCCCUGAGGAUUUUGCACAUGCAUCCGAGCUUCUCAAAGAACAAAUGGCCUCCCCCAAAGGGGGCAAGAUGGCUGGACCAUUUGCUGAUAAGACCGACGCCAAGCCCGAGGACGGCGAGGUUAUCUACCUUAGCAGCGACAGUGAAAACAUAUUGACGGAGCUGAAGCCCUACAGCACCUAUAUCAUCGGAGGUCUUGUGGACAAGAACCGUCACAAAGCAGUCUGCUACAGGUCAGCUGUUGCGAAGGGAAUCAAAACAGCAAAGUUGCCCAUUGGCGACUACAUUCAGAUGGACUCUCGCCGGGUGCUAACCACCAAUCAUGUGGUGGAUAUUAUGCUGAAAUGGUUGGAGCUGGGCGACUGGGGAGAAGCUUUCAUGAAAGUUCUUCCGCCGAGAAAGGGCGGCAAGUUGAAGGCACAGCAGGUUGGCAAUGAGGCUACUGAAGAAGCCACAGAUGACGAAUCGGCAGAUGAGGAAGGGGAAGAGUCAACGCUGGAAGAUAUUGCCAAAGAUAUUGAGGCUGAGCAAGCGGAUGACCACGAAGAUGAAGCUGAGUCAUGA